AUGAAUGUGUAUCAACCUGACGUUCAGACAAUGAAUACAAUCAAUAAAAAAUACGAAGACAUUCGUUGGUACCAUGGAAGACUAUCGCGAGAUGAAGCAGACAAUGUUUUGAUGCAAGAUGGGCGAAAACACGGAUUAUUCCUUGUGAGAGAUAGCAAUUCUUCUACUGGAGAUUAUGUUUUGUCAGUUUAUCAUAAUGAUCAAGUCAGUCAUUUCCAGAUAAGAAGGCAUACUGAAGAUGCUUUCUUCUCAAUAGUGGAAAAUUUGAAAUUUCAUGGGCUAGAAGUCUUGAUAGAAUACUACACUGCAACACCAAAUGCUUUGUCUGAAGACCUUGUUUUGACUGAAUAUAUUGAAAAAUAUCCUCCACCUCAUGAUUCAAGAAGACGUGGAAGAACAAAUUUACUACACAGGUCUACUGAUCAAGGGAAUUACACAGUGGUGUCAGAGCUAUUGAAAACUGAUUAUCCUCAUGAUGCAAAAAAUCAGGAUGGGCAGACUGCUGCUCAUUUGGCAAGUCUGGCAGGGAAAAAUGAUAUUUUAUCUAAACUCAUUGAAUCUGGAUCUAGUGUGAAUUUGAGAGAUUCUGCAGGUUGCACUCCUUUGCAUUACGCGUGCCAGAACAACUUCCCGGCCACCGUGCGGCUGCUGGUCCAGAUAGGGGGCGCCAACAUUCAGGCGAGGCACACCGAGACGGGGGCAGUGCCCCUGCACGAGGCGGCGAGCAGGGGCUUCAAGGAAGUGGUGGUCGAGCUACUGAGCCUGAACGCGCCGGCGCGGCCGCGCAACAAGGAGGGCCUGAUCCCGGCGCAGCUGGCCAGGGGGAACAAUCACAUCGAGUGUGCCGUGAUUUUAGAACAAUAUCAGUGCAAAGCAACAAAAACGGUGAAGAGCGAAUGGUACCACGGUACGUUAGAUAGACCGGAAGCGGAGGCGAUAAUAAACCAGUGCAAUCCCAAGAACGGUACCUACCUAGUGAGGUUCAGCGAACGGAAUAAGAAGAGCGUUUUGACCUUGUACAAUGAUGAAAGGUUCUUCAAUUACGUCAUACAAAAUAAGGAUGGAUAUUUGUUCAUUGACGAUGGACCAUAUUUAGAAUCUUUGGAACACAUUGUCGAGCAUUACAGUUUGAUGCCCGAUGGAUUACCGACAGUAUUACAGAUUCCUGUACCGCCGAAGCCUAAACCUCCAGUGCCUGAGUUCUCUACGAUGCCAAAACCUAAGAAGAGGACCAACGUGAAACCUGCCGCCAAAGUGGUGCCAAACACAGAUGAGAAUCUGACGCUCAAAUACUUUCCUAGUCACUUCCAGAACAUAACUUUCACCGGCGAUUUCGUCACUGCCAACAAUAAUAACAACUAUUCAGAGAACGAAGAAGAUUACAUACCAGCCGAAAGAUUGACAAAGGGCGCUCUCAUGGGAGAAGGAGAGUUUGCCUCAGUCUACAAAGGCACUUACCUGAACAAGAACGGUGAGCUGCUCAACGUCGCCAUCAAGAUCCUGCACAACGAACAAAUGGAGAUGAACCGAGGUGCCUUCCUCAGCGAGGCCCAGGUCAUGAUGAAGCUGAACCACCACUGCGUGGUGAAGCUGAUCGGGCUAUCGCAAGGCCCCUCUCUGCUGAUGGUCCAAGAGCUUGUCCCGCUGGGCUCUAUUCUUCAGUACAUCGACAACAACAGGGACAGGAUGAACCCGAACUAUGAGUUCAAGAUAUGGGCGGCGCAGAUCGCUUGUGGGAUGCAGUACCUAGAAGAGAACAGAUUCGUGCACAGGGACUUAGCAGCGAGGAACAUCCUAUUGGCGAGCCAGGUGCAGGCGAAAAUUAGCGAUUUCGGUCUUUCCAGGGCCUUAGGAACCGGCCACGAAUAUUAUAAAGCUUUGGCAGGUGGAAAGUGGCCCUUGAAGUGGUACGCGCCGGAGUCGUACAACUACGGACAGUUUUCGCAUAAGAGCGACGUGUGGAGUUUCGGAGUUACCAUAUGGGAAAUAUACGCUUUCGGUGCUACUCCAUACGGGGAAAUGAAAGGAUCUGAAGCGAUCGCCCUGAUCGACGCCGGCGAGCGGCUCGAACAGCCGGCGGAGUGUCCCGAUCACAUCUUCGCGAUGAUUCGGCAAUGCUGGGAGAGCAGACCCGAGGAUCGGCCGUCGUUCAACGAGCUCGUCGACUUCUUCAACUCCGACUCGGACUACAUGAACAUCCGGGAGCUGUUGCCGAACGUCAAUCUCGCCUGA